AGUUCUAAGAUCAGUCAGAAAACGCAUGUCAUAAAAGACGGAUAAGAUUUAUUAAAUUGAUAUAACGAAUACAGCGCGAUCGUACUCCAUUCAACCAUGUGGCGUGCGCUGGGAUAUAUGUUUUCUAUUGCCAUCGUGGUAAAAGCAAUUGCUCCAGAACCCUCAUGUGAUGUUUGCUCCAAGUAUGAUUACGAGGAGAAGUUGCUGGAAAGGGUAAUCCGAAACGAGCUGGUUCUGAAAGAUACACUUGAUAAGAUAACUUACACUCACGCAAAAGUUGAACUUACUUUGGCAAGAAUCAAGGACGACCAAGUGAAACUCUAUGAAAUCAUAAACGUGCUGAAAGCAACGAAGCAGAACGUCUCUGAAGCUGUUCAGUCGAUCAUGUCACAGACUGUAAAGGAUGUUGAAGUUACGAAGCAGACUCUUAGGGUUAACGUUGACGACUUCAUUGACUCUCGGACAAGAAAUAUAACUGCAACGGUUGCAGAAAUGACCUCAUCUAUACAGACGCUUGUGGUUCAGACGUCUAAAGCACUGGACAUUUUGAGAGACCAGAGUGCCGUGCCAAUGGUAAUGUUUCACGCCCGUCUUCAGUCUACCGGUGAGUUUACAUAUGCUUCAAACCAGGUGAUUGUAUUCAAGAACGUCCUGGUUAACGGAGGGGAAGGCUAUAACCCUAACACAGGACAUUUCACAGCGCCCGUAGCCGGAGCGUACUUCACUGUACAGUAUUGCCCAAUGAAGGACCCCUCGGCAUGUAUUGACAUAGUCCAUGACGGAAAGCCGCUGCAGAGAUCAAGACACAGCGAUGGGACCUAUUAUCUGUGCGUGACCAUGCAGGCGCUUGCUAAGGUCGCCAUGGGAGAUAAAGUCUGGGUGAGGAGUUAUGGCGAUAGUAAGGUCUACCAGUAUGAUGAAUACUAUUGGAACAGCUUUGCUGGGAUGUUGAUUCAUAUAUAAAUGGCUACACUAAUAUGCGAGUAUAUUUAUAUUAUUCAUAUAUAAUACAAUCGUAGACUGACUAAAAUGUGACGGAUAUAAUUGCCCGAAUACUAUAUAAAAGGAUGAAAGUUAAGCCAAGCAAUUAAUUCUUAUAACAUUUUUGUCAGUUAUUUGACCAGUUACAAACUAUAUUAUAAUGUUUAAAUCUGUAUAAUUAUUACAUUAAUGUAUUAUAAUGUAUAAUAUACAUAUUUCGCAAAGCUUAUAUAGAAAUUUUACGACGUUUUAUCGGUUAAAAUGUUAGUUGUAUAUUAGGUUUAACGUAUUUCUAAUUUAGAAACGAACGCAUUCUCUUAUUGUGUGACUCUAAAUGCACUUGCAGUGUGAAACAUAUUGAUUUCCUUGUAAAUUGUUUGUUUGACAUAUGUCAUAUAUAGAGAAUAUUAAGUGAGUUUUGGAUAGAGAUCAAGUUUAUCAUGCGAGGCUUAGAACCAUGUUAGCACGCGGCUUGCCGAGCGCUACCAUGGUUCGAGCCGAGCAUGAUACAAAACUCACAUAAUAUUCUAUUUAUCCUAUUAUUUCCUCCCUUUUGCCAUAAAUAAUUAUAUAACAUCACAUUGUUUGGUGAUUUAACAUUUCCCUAGUUGACAAAAACAUAUUGUCAAAUUAUUGGAAAACCCCAAAUCUGAUCUAAAAAUAGCGAUAGUAUAAAGCUCAAGUUUAUACGAUCGUUGUUAUACUAUCGAUUUUCAUCUGGUAAUAUGAUACAAUUAAUUAAUCUGUAGUCAGUGUAUUUUGUUGACGCGUAAUAUUAAGGUAAUAAGUUCCGAUUAAACAUGUACAAUAUAAAAACAUAAACAAUAGUCCAGUCGCAACACUCUAGCAUAUACGUUAACAUGGCUGAGUAAAUACUAUUUUCCAUCGAAAUCUAGCUCAUUCUUUACUAUAAAUUGAAAUGCAUUUAUGAAAAUGAUCUGAAAAUGUUUGUAUUGCAUAUUUAUGAAAAUAUAAUAAACAUUGUC